AGAUGUUGGGGGAGAAAAUAUCACCAGACGAGCUGCAGCCUUCAGUACGCGUCCACUCAUUCACUGAGGUGUUUAUUGUGGCUUCAGUGGAGCUCUGGUUGUUGUUGUAGAGGGCAGAUCCGGUAACAUGUCGAUGCAUUUGUAUGAAAUGAGCAGCAGACUGCUCGGAGUCACUGUCGGGAAAGUGAACGACAACCUGACCUCGGUGGUGCUGGCGGCCUCUGUCAUCACUCUCACUCUGGGAUAUUUCUCAAAGUUGCUGCUCAAACAGUCCUCCGACAAAGAUCAGAAAUAUCCACCUUACAUACCCUCCAGCAUCCCCUUCCUGGGUCAUGCCAUCGCGUUUGGGAAAAGUCCCAUUGAAUUUCUUGAAAAUGCUUAUGAAAAGUACGGCCCUGUGUUCAGUUUCACCAUGGUGGGGAGCACCUUCACCUACCUGCUGGGCAGCGAAGCCGCCACGCUGAUGUUCAACAGCAAGAACGAGGACCUGAACGCCGAGGACGUCUACUCCAGACUGACCACUCCGGUGUUUGGCAAAGGAGUGGCCUAUGAUGUCCCGAACCCUAUAUUUCUGGAACAGAAGAAGAUGCUGAAGACCGGACUGAACAUCGCUCAUUUUAAGGAACACGUGAAGAUCAUCGAGGCAGAGACCUUAGAGUAUUUUCAGAGAUGGGGAGACAGUGGGGAGAGAAACCUGUUUGAGGCGUUGUCUGAGCUCAUCAUCCUGACGGCCAGCAGCUGCCUGCACGGGAAGGAGAUCCGCAGCAUGCUGAAUGAGCGAGUGGCCCAGCUCUACGCCGACCUGGACGGAGGUUUCAGUCACGCUGCCUGGCUCCUGCCCGGCUGGCUGCCGCUGCCCAGCUUCAGGAAAAGAGACAGAGCUCACAGAGAGAUCAAGAACAUCUUCUUCAACGUGAUUCAGAAGCGCAGGCAGUCUGGAGAGAAAGUGGACGACAUCCUACAGACGCUCAUCGAUGCCACCUACAAAAACGGACGACCCCUGAACGAUAACGAGAUCGCGGGGAUGCUGAUCGGCCUCCUGCUGGCGGGUCAGCACACGUCCUCCACCACCAGCGCCUGGAUGGGUUUCUUCCUGGCCAGAGAUAAAGCUCUGCAGCAGCGCUGCUACGCGGAGCAGAAGGCUGUGUGUGGAGAAGAGCUGCCUCCUCUCGACUUCGAUCAGCUGAAAGAUCUCGGUUUGUUGGAGCGCUGUUUGAAGGAGACUCUGCGUCUCCGCCCGCCCAUCAUGACCAUGAUGAGGAUGGCUCGCUCCCCUCAGACUGCGGCAGGAUACACCAUCCCUGUGGGCCACCAGGUCUGCGUCUCCCCGACAGUCAACCAGCGUCUGUACGACACCUGGGCGGAGAGGAUGGAGUUCAACCCUGAUCGCUACCUCAACGACAACCCCGCCGCAGGGGAGAAGUUCGCAUAUGUGCCGUUUGGAGCCGGCCGCCAUCGCUGCAUCGGGGAGAACUUCGCCUAUGUCCAGAUCAAAACCAUCUGGUCCACAUUACUGCGCAUGUACGACUUCGACCUGGUGGACGGAUAUUUCCCCACAAUCAACUACACCACAAUGAUUCACACGCCUCACAACCCUGUCAUCAGAUUCAAGAGGAGGAAACAGUGAGAGACUGAAAACAGCGGAGGAGGAAAUAAUCAAACAUCCCGAGUGUUUGAAGUGAAGCUUGAACUUCCUGGGACUUAAAUUUAGGAAACUCUAGAUGAAUGCACUUUACUACAUGUCCAACAUUUUACUUUUUGUGCUUCUGUCAGUCCUUUUUUUCCCCCUGAAUGUCAACAUUAUUACACAGAGUUUUGAAACUUGAGCACAGGUACUGAUAUUCAGAUACAGUGUCAAGGUCAGAUAUACAGUGCCUUGACGGUGGGACAUAUUGGUUAAGUGCUUCAUUCAUUCGUUCUUUCCUUCUUUGGGGGCCUAGAAAAUGUAAUUUAGUGGGAAAACCAAGCAGAAGGUUUUAGUUCUUCCAGAUCUGGGCAGGAGGGUUUAGGGGUUUUAUACAUUUAAAUACAUAGAACCCCCCCCACUAAAAAAAGCAAUAUUUUAAGUGAUAUUGCAUUAAAUGCACUGAUUUGGAACAAAAACAGCUCCUACUGUAAAUGACUGUGAUCCCUCUGCUGCACAGGGAGUCUGUGAAGCUGUUUGCGAGAGGCCAGAAAAUCUUAAAAAAACACUAAGGAGGUCAUGGCUGCAGAUUCUGCAGUCUGUAUCGUUGCACAUUUGAGGAGAUAAACAGAGUAAACUUUAAAUUAAAAGGUGCCCUGUGCUAAUUAGGAGCUGGACCUCGUUAAAUUAACGAGCACUGACUGAUGUUUUGUGUGAAGUUUCACUGCUUAAGCUGUGUUGUUGUUAAUAACCGUAAUUCCUUCUUUCAAUAAAGAAACUUUUAAGAAA